AUGAGUGACACAACCAAGCAAUCUCCCGAACACUCAUUGGAGCCGGGCGCCACCGUCGAACAACCAGCUGCACCAGAUCCAGAUGCAGAGAUCCAGCCAGACUCAAAUGAACCGAGCGAUGUAGACUCCACCUUGGGCGACGACGCCACAGCGGCCAGCACAUCUUUGGCAUCCUCAGUAUACAAAUACCAUUACGAACAUGGCCGACGGUACCAUGCAUACCGUCAAGGCGCAUACACUCUCCCCAACGAUGAACUGGAACAAGCCCGCCUUGAUCUCCUCCACCACGUCUUCCGACUGACUUUAGACGGCCGACUUUUUCGCGCACCAAUAUUGGCGAGUCCGCAGCGGGUGCUCGAUUUUGGCACCGGCACUGGCAUCUGGGCCGUCGAUUUUGCGGAUGAAUUUCCCAUGGCCUCGGUGAUUGGCACAGACCUCAGCCCUAUCCAACCGGAUGUGGUGCCUCCGAAUGUCAGGUUUUACGUGGAUGACGUCGAGAGCGACUGGGUCGAGGCAACCACCGAGGCUGAGCGAUACGACUUCAUCCACGGCCGCACCAUGGUCGGCAGCAUCAAAGACUGGGACAGGUUAUACCAGCAGGCGAUACGAUCGUUGAACCCAGGCGGGUGGCUCGAGGUGCAGGAGUACGAGACUCACCUCAAAUCGGACGACGAUCCCGAGCUCACCCGGGUGCCGUAUCUGAAACGAUGGCAAGACGAAGUGAACGAGGGCAGCAAGGUGUUUGGUAAGGAUCUCGACGUGGCCAAAGAGCAGAGAGAACGCAUGAGUAAUGCAGGCUUUGUCGACGUCCGAGAUGAUAUCUACAAAGUCCCUGUCGGUGUAUGGCCACGCGACCCGAAGCUCAAGACACUUGGAAAAUACCAGCUCGGACAGGUCUGCUCGGCCAUCGAGCCCUUUGCCCUGGGUUUUCUCACCCGUUACCGGGGAUGGUCUGAAGACGAGUGCCGUGUGCUCGUGGCGCACGUCCUCCGAGAACUGCAGGAUUUCCACAACCAUCUCUACGUCAACUUUCAUUUUGUGUACGGCCGAAAACCGGGAGGGUAG